AUGAAUAGUCACAAUAUUAAUGAUAAUAAUAAUAAUAAUGAUUUAAACUAUAUAUUAUAUAAAAAGUGUUUUAAUAAUAUUGUAAUAUUUAAAAAAAUUAAAUUUUUUUUAAAAUAUAAAGAUUGGGGUCAAAAUAAUUAUAACUAUUGGAUUUAUAAUGAUAUUUCAGAAUCAUUUAAUAUUAAAGAUAUCAAAAUCGAAAAUUUAAUAAAAACUAAAAAACAUGACUUGAUAGAUUAUGUAUUUCAAUUUUAUUUUAACGUUGCAGUUCAUGAACCAUUGCGGUAUUGGUAUUGUAAUAUUCAAAUCAAAGAUAAACAAGACUUACAGGAACUACUCAGAUAUAGACCUCUAGGAUUCGAAAGGUUUAAAUUAUUUUUUACUCAUUUCCAUCAAAACUUUAUUGAUAUGUCCGAAGGCUUAUUAUCAGACGCAGCGCAAUCAGGCAAUAUACAGAUAUUCAAUUAUUUAAAAAACUACACUAUAAAUGAUGAAACAGGUGGUAUAGGAAAAAAGGUUUUCAUAACCGACCUAGACAGAGCAAUCAAUUACUAUUUCAGACCAUCUUUUAAAGAGUUUAAAUAUUUAGUGGAGAAUAAUAUGGCCGAUCAAAUCAAAGAUAUCCAUUUCAAAGGAAUAUUAAAGCAUGCAGGUUGUGACCUACACGAUUUGGACUAUUUAAAAUAUAUUUUAAAUUAUUUUAUCUCAAUAAAAACCAAAAUAACAAUACCGGUUUGUUUAUUCGACUCAAAACAUCAAAUUGUGAAGUAUUUACUUUACGAUGUAAAUAGUGAGUGGGUAGUAAAACCAUCACGCUCAGAAUUACAAGAAUAUUACCCAAUAAAUGCAUUCUUUGGUGACAUAGAGACCGCUAAAAUUUAUUAUAAUCUUCCAAAAGAUCAUCUCUAUAAAGUUUAUUUUUGCUACUCUAAAGAAAACAAUAGCGGAAUGCCAAUACUAUAUAAUGCCGCUAGAAAUGGUUACUUCGAUCUUGUCAAAUAUUUAGCUCCACUCUUCCCAGACUCAUUAGACUUUUCAGAUGAAAUCUUAAAUUUUGAAUUAUUUCAAUAUUUUUUAGAAAGAGGCUAUAUACAGAAACAAUAUUUAUAUUACAACAGCUUAAAUGUUUAUUCAGAUGAAAAUUAUGUUACAGAAUUAAAAAAAAGAAAAAUUUCCAAAAUGUAUCAUAGGUUUUUAUAUUUGUAUCAAGAAAAAAACAAUGUUCUAUUAUCCGAUUGCAAAGUAUUAUUAGACAAAGAUGUGCUCUUGUUAAAGCAGUUUUUAAGCAUCGAUUCACUUACCACCUGUUCUGCUACCCAAAUUCAUUAUGAAUCUAACAAUUUUAAAAUAUUUUCAAAACUAGUUAUAAAGUUAUUGUCCACAGAUAAUUAUAAAAUAAUUAAAGCGGUAUUAAAAUCAAAAAGAAAACCCUCCAAAGUUAUUUUCAAAAAGACCUAUCUGGUUUCUUUUAUCAGGAGUAUACUGUCAAUGAAGCAUCCCAAAGUACUCUAUCUUCUCUACAAAUACGACUUGGACUUUCUUACAGAUAAUUUAGACCUAAUCUCUCAACAAAUAAUUCAAACUAGUUCAACUAGUUUUUUAAAUCAAAUAUUAAAAUUGGAUUAUUUCAGUUUAAAAGCCCAAUUAUUUAUCAAUACCAUUAUAUAUUUAUUAAAUAACUUUAAAACAUUUAAAAAAGAUUCAAUAACCUCAUUUUUCAACAACAUCGAUUUCUCUUUAAUAGAUUUACCAUCAUUCAAAAAUAAUUUAACACACUAUAUUGAACAAUUUGAAAAACAUUACUUUUUAAAAUUAUCAAAAAACAAUAUUUCAAAAUACAAUAUUUUUAAUAUAGUAUCAAAUAUCAAUAACAUUAAUAAUAUAUCAAUAAUCUAUACUAUUUUAAAUUCUAUUUUGUCAUUUUACCAAAAAAAUUAA